AUGUCCUCAACCCAACCUACCAAUCAGCCGCUUGAUCAACCCCAGGACCAUACCACGGUUACAAGCAAUGUAGAGCAUCAAUCCACUCCGUCGCACCGUACAUCCGAACAAACCCAAAGACCGGCUGGCCUUGGGGAAGUAUUGCGUCGAACCGGGGGAUUUCGGCCUAAUCCCAAUCCAUCUUUGACAAAGACGUCAAACUCAAACGAUACCGAAGAUAUUCAAAGAAUUCAUAGCCUUUUGAUUGCUCCGGGCUUUCCUACUGCUGAACGUCUUGACGAAAUAUCUAAGCUGUGGGAUAGCAUUGGUCAGAAAAGAGGUUUGCAGCUCAAGAAUCAUACUGAUUCUUCAACAAGAACUCAAACUUCUUCAAAUGAUAUUAUUAACCCUGAUGAUAUCAUGUCUUCAUCUCAAUCUAACCAUACAUCACUUGGUCAAACCAACAAUCCUGUUGAUGGCAAUCCAAACGACCAAUCUACUCCGGCGCUUCCUGGUCACGAAGAAUCACAGUCAACAACCACUCAAAGUUCUUCAAACUAA